AUGCCUCCGCGAAUACCGCGGCUUACAAUUGGACGGUCCAGCAUAUUUGGAUUGCCAAUUUCUGCCCCGAAACAACGAAUAUGCCCAAUUUGUUCCUUGGCCAGGGCCUCUCCUCGACCCAGCAAGCGGCCUCGAACCUCACGAUUCGAACAGCUUCGAGUACGAUCCCAGAGUCAAACCACCGUACCCAGCACAUCUCUAACCGACACUCUGACCCCCAAAGCAUGUAUAGAUCCUAGAACGAACUUGCGAAAUGCCUUGGUCGACUUACAACAAGAUGCUGCAAGCUUCGUCAACAUCUCGAGACUACAGCUUGCAAUCCGGGGAUUGGAACAAGAAGCUGGACAAGAAACGAUCAGAAUUGGAAUACUAGGCUUGGCAGAUGGAGGGAACUCAUUGAAAAUAGCUAAGGAGCUUCUGCGGUUGCUGGUAGUGGAUCCAUUGAAACCGGAAGAGGAAUGGGAGCGGAUAUUGAUCAAUGAUCCAGAAGGGAAACCUGUGCUGAUCAAGGUUGGACACAAUGGCACAGACGAGAUUGGGAGAAGGCUGGUACAAGAAUUACACGUCUCGUCUCCACUACUCAAUGGACAUAAGCUGGAGCUCUUGGUGCUGGAGAUGGACCCGCCCGGGGAACCGGAAAUGUUUACGGAUGCAGUCAUGGUUCCUACGAUGGAGAUACCGACUUCGAGUACAGGGAGAUACACACCAGUUACUACGCCUCUGCACAAAGCUUUCAUUGUUGCAGAUGGUCUGCUUGGCGCGGUGACUCUGCUGAAAUACCCUCUUGGUGUCGAUCGGGAAAUCAUUGGCGGCGCUGUGGAUCUGCCGACUGGGACACCUGAAGAGAAGGCCGCUCUUCCCUUUCGAACUGUGCAUGUCAGAUUAGGUACUGAGGCUCUUGAAGCCUUCCGGCAGAGCGUUGACAACGCUCUUGCUUAUGAAAAGAGUUGGUUUGCUAGUGGGAUACCUGAGAUCCAAGAAUGGAUCAAAGCCGGAACUGCUGCAGCGGAUGGAGGAAUGAAACUACCGGUUCUCCAUCUCAUCCAGUCCCUUCUUGAAGAUACAUCUGGAGCAAUUGCUAGUGAGCAGACCCUUCGGCUCAAUGCAUUACUUCAGGCAAAGGUAUCAUCCACGGACCUGCAAAACUUGCGGCGAGAGCUAUCUCGAUGGGCAGAGCGAGCUCACACAGAGCUUCGUGAUCAUCUCGAUAUAGCCUUCAAUGGCCAGAGAUGGAGGAAGCUAGGCUGGUGGAAGCUCUUCUGGCGGGUGGACGACGUCUCCAUGAUCUCCACAAACAUUCUGCAGCAACGUUUCCUCACAGAAGCGGAGAAGGAAGUCAUUUUCUUGUCUGGCCGCAUAGCUGAGACCGGAAUCAUAGAAGAGCUCAGCUCUCAAGGUGCCCCGGCGAACUGGGCGUAUAAACCUGUCCUCGAAAAAGAGACAGAAGCACAACUAGGCUCCGAACCACCACCACCUGUUCUCAAGGACUUAGUCGAGCCUCGUGAUCAUUUACCAGUCAAGCUCAAACUCCAGCCUUGGCCUCUUCAUAUUCCUGCAACGCGUAACUACCUGGCACAAGAGACAGUCCCUGCGCUACAAGCUCUGGCACAGAAGCUGGUGCUUCAAGCCCUGAGUACAUCCUCUCUUGCUUCGGUGUUUGCAGGCCUGAUGUACGUUUCAUCGGUUUCGACAGGGCUGUAUGAAUGCGGCGCAGUUGCAGCUUUGGGCAUUGUGUGGAGUUUACGAAAAAUGCAGGGCAAAUGGGAGACUGCGAGAAAGUUCUGGGAGGGAGAAGUAAGAGAGGAGGGAAGGAAGGCUGUGAGAGGAGUGGAAAGUGUGGUUGGCGAUGUCCUCAUCACGUCACAGCCUUCGUUGGGAGGAGAUGCCGAGCUUCAGAAGGCGCAAGAAGCUGUGGAUCGUGCCGAGGCUGCCCUCGUGGCAAGUAAAUAG